AACAGCAAUGGAUCGUAUGCCUACAAAAGUGGGCUCGCUGUAUAAUGCGGUGUUUCUUGCGCCGGAAGUGCGUGCAGAUGCACGCGUAAUGCGCGGAAAUGCCGAUACUUCUGCCUAUGCUUCAGCAGACUGGGAGCUAGUUACGGCCUGGAUGACCCCCAAAGCUCUGCUUCAUCCGCCUCCAGACUACCUGAAUGUCUCGGUUCAAAGGUUGGAAAACUUGGGACUGACUAGCAAGCUACUGGACUGGUAUAUUGAUGCUGUACGGUCGCACUUUGUAAUGCACGCUCUACCGGCGGUCAAGGGCCACUUCAGCGACCCUACUCUGCCAUUCAACUUGCAGAAGUCUACAGGAGCAGUCCAGGGGAUUCUGACUUUACUCUGUGACGCGCUGAACCACUACAUGCACCCGCUGAUGCAUCUAUUUCACGACAACCUAGUUGCCCAGGCGCGCUUCAGACAUUCGUUCAACGCAAUGAUAGAUAUCGCUUUAUCAGAGUAUGAAUUUCAGAUCUGCUCUCUGAUGUUGGUCGACAACGUGCUUUCCGAAUCAGGGAAGAAGCGCUCGACAGACGAGGAUUCUGCGGAGGAGGAAGACGACGAUGCAAUGAUGGAGGAUAAGGAAACUCAACGACAUGAGUUUCUGGUCGCUUUUAGAACAAGAGUUGAAACCCUUGGAGUUCAAGACCUGAUUGAACGGACUGUUGCAAAAGUCUAUCACUUUUUUAUUCAGCGCUAUAUCCACGAGAAUUACGCCAAUCGCGUUGAACGCGAGGAAGACGAACCACCAGCGCUUACAGAGCUUCGAGAAUUGAUAUACGGCCCCAUAGCGCGUACUGUCCAAGCACUUGUACGAGAAGACGAAGCUGUUUGUGAGCGCAUGUUUGAGCUUGCUACUGAGUGCUUGGCGAGACUUCGCAUCGGGGAGAUGUUCAACAUUGUGAUUGGGUUCCCAGACUCGAUCCCGGGAUUGGAGGAUCUAAAGUCGUGUAUCAAGACUCAAGAACACAGAACACAGCUUGUGUCUUCCUUUCAGGCUUCAUGUCAGCAGAGACUACUUCACUGCGGCGUGAAUACCACCGAUAUCAUUCUGUUCUACAUCUCGACUAUCAAAGUGUUUCGUCUGCUAGACCCGCGCGGAGUUCUUCUCGACAAAGUGUCUCGCCCUAUCCGCAGGUACCUUCGUGAGCGAGACGACACUGUCAAGUGCAUCGUCAAUGGCUUGUUGGAAGUCGAUGAUCCCAAUACCGGAGACCUAUCUGAACUUGGCAAAGAGCUGGCGAAUGUUUCUGGGCAUAAGGGAGAUGCCGACGAUGACAACUAUGCGGACAUGAACUGGGUUCCAGAUCCUGUCGACGCCGCUCCCGAUUUCCGGAAUCAACGAUCGACCGAUUUCGUUGGGGAGUUUUUGUCUCUGUAUGAAAACAAGGAAGUGUUUGUGAAAGAGAUUGUGACGGUGAUUGCCAAUCGACUUUUGGAGCUCAAGAACUACGAGAUUGACCGCGAAAUCAUGCAUCUUGAGCUUAUUAAACUGCGAUUCGGAGAAGCAGAUCUGCACAACUGCGACGUGAUGAUCAAAGACAUUUCGGAAAGUAAAAGAGUGGAUGCCAACAUUCACGAUCAGGCAAUUCUAGCUCCGGGAAUCGAGCCUGUUAAUCGAGUGUUUCACGCGACCAUGCUUUCUCGAUUGUUUUGGCCUGCAUUCAAGAACGAGGAAUUGGUACUACCUCCAGAGAUCACAGAGCAAAUGGAGCGAUACGCGGCCAAGUUUUCGACCUUAAAGUCUGGACGUAAACUUUCGUGGCUGACCAAGUUGGGAAGCGUGGAUGUUACGCUGGAGCUGGAGGAUCGGACGUUGCGGUUUUCGGUGUCUCCUGAUCGAGCGAGUAUGAUCUACUUGUUCCAGAGUAGCAGUAAGUCGUUGAAGAUCCCUGUUUGCGGUGGAGGGUGGACUGAUUAUCUAACGCGACAACGCGUCUUAUUUAUUAUAGGCACUCUUACGAUAUCGGAAAUGAUGCAAAGACUCCGCCUGGACGAGGCCACCACCCGACGAGCUGCAUUAUUCUGGGUUAAGAAUGGUGUGCUGAAAGAGGAAGGCGACUCGUAUGUGCUGCUUGAAAAAGCGCAGGAGAGCACGCAGAAAGAGCUGACGAUUAGAUUUCUAGUGCUGAUGGAUGAAACCGCGCAGUCGUCGGUCCAGACGGCGGAGGAGAAGGCCACAGAAGAGAUGCGGGUGUACUGGUCCUACAUCGUGGGGAUGCUCACGAACCUGAACUCGCUGCCGAUCGACCGCAUCCAGUCGUUCCUGAAGAUGCUGAUCCCGAAAGAGCUGGGCUACUCGCGCAGCAUCGACGAGCUCCGGGACUUUCUAGCAGUAAUGAUUGCGGAGGAGCGUCUGGAGCUUGCUGCGGGAGCCUACCGGCUACGAAAGUAG